AUGCCUAGUAAAACAAUGUUCUGGAAUAUAGAUCUCACAUGGAACACAUAUUUUCCCAUUUUUACUCCAUGCUUUCUCAAAAUUGCUUUGAUAUGGGGUCCUGUUGCAUUUUUUUGGAUUUUUGCUCCCACGGAGAUAUAUUACAUAUCAAAAAGCAAGGAAAAGAAGAUUCCAUGGUCUACUUUAAAUAUUGCAAAAUUGUUGACAUCAGUGCUUCUGCUAAUUCUGUCAGCUAGUGACAUGUGCUUUCAAAUGUUUUUGUAUACUAGAACUGCUGUACCACCAGUUGAUUACUAUACUCCAUUUCUGCUAUUUGUGACAGUUGCAGUGAUUAUAGUAUUGAUAACUAUGCAGAGAAGAAAAGGUAUAAUUACAUCUGGCAUUCUCUUUUUAUUUUGGUUUUUCUUUGCGGUUGGAACAGGUGUUGCAUACUAUACAUCUCUGCAAAAAGUAUUCAACUCGAAAGAAAAUCCAGAAGAAAGAGCAUCUUGGUUGUCAAACAUGACAUUUUGGUGGUUUAACCCAAUGGCAAUACUUGGAUAUAAGAAACCUCUUGCAGGCUCUGACAUGUGGGAAUUAAGUGAACCUAAUCGUUCAGACUAUUUGUUAUCUGUAUUUAACAAGUAUUGGCAGCCUUUAUUGAAUAAGAUGAACAGCCAGCAGCAGAAAUUUCAGAAGCAACUGUCCAGAAGAUAUUCACAAAAAGAUAGUUCUGCAUUAAAUAUUACUUUUUCCAAAAAUGAAUAUGAGAAAGACAUUUCCAAAUUGAGUUUACUGAGGCCUUUACUGAUGACCUUUAAAUGGGACUUAUUUGUGUCUGGAGUGAUGAAGUUGGGGGCUAGUGUGAUUACUUUUCUGAAUCCAGUUUUAUUAGAUAUGCUUAUAUCAUUUGUUGGAAGUAAUGAUCCACUUUGGAAAGGCAUGUGUUUUGCUGUUGGUAUGUUCAUAGCUGCAUUGAUUGAAUCUUUUCUGAAUGGACAGUAUGAAUAUCGUAUAUACGUGGUUGCAAUGCGUAUGAGGUCUUGCAUUAUAUCAGUUGUCUAUAAGAAGGCUCUUUUAUUAUCAAAUUCUGCCAGGAAAAAUUUUACUGUUGGGGAAGUUGUAAAUCUUAUGUCUGUAGACACCCAGAGAAUAAUGGACUACGUUCAAAUGGCAAACAUCCUUUGGUCUGCUCCUCUUCAGAUUAUUAUAGCCGUUUACCUGCUUUGGCAACAACUGGGAAUUGCUACACUUGGAGGCUUGGCUGUGCUGAUUGCAAUGAUUCCUCUUAAUGGAACAGUCAGUGUGUUUAUUAGAAAUUUCCAGGUUAGUCUGAUGGCUGAUAAAGAUUUAAGAACAAAACUGAUGAAUGAAAUCCUCAAUGGAAUAAAAGUUCUAAAGUUGUAUGCUUGGGAAAACUCUUUCAUAGAGGAAGUGAUGAAGAUAAGAUGGAAAGAAAUACACAGCCUUAAAGCUCAAGCUUGGUUAAAUGGAGCAAUUACUUUCGUUUUUGCUUCUGCCCCAUUUUUGGUAUCUUUAGCUAGUUUUGCCACAUUUGUUCUCAUUGAUUCAAAUAAUGUACUUGAUGCAAAUCGAGCAUUUGUUUCUUUAUCAUUAUUUAACAUUCUACGUGUGCCAACAGCGUUUCUACCUAUGAUAAUUGCCUAUACAGCUAUGUUUGUUGUAUCAUUGAAAAGAAUCAACAAAUACUUACAGCAAGAUGAAAUAGAUCCAGAUAUCAUUGAACAUAGCCAAUCAGAAAAAGACCCAGUAAUUAUUGAGAAUGGUACCUUUUCGUGGGCAAAAGAUGAAACUCCUGCUCUGAAAGAUUUAAAUUUCCGUGCAAAGGAUGGAGAACUUGUUGCUAUUGUUGGACAGGUUGGAUCUGGUAAAUCAUCAUUAUUGUCAGCUUUAUUGGGGGAUAUGGUGAAGUUAUCAGGAAGAGUGAAUGUCAAGGGGUCUGUUGCGUAUGUCCCUCAACAAGCCUGGAUACAAAAUGCUACACUAAAGAAUAAUGUACUGUUUACAAAAAAGCUUGAUUCAUCAAAAUACAAAAAUGUUCUAGAUGCUUGUGCCUUAACACCUGAUCUUGAAAUUUUGCCUGGUGGAGAUCAAACUGAAAUUGGAGAAAAGGGCAUUAAUCUAAGUGGUGGGCAGAAACAGAGGAUAAGUCUCGCUAGAGCUGUUUACAAUGAUGCUGAUAUUUAUUAUCUGGACGAUCCUUUGAGUGCUGUUGAUGCCCAUGUCGGGAAACAUAUUUUUGAGCAAGUCAUUGGACCUACAGGCUUGUUGAAGAAAAAGACAAGAAUUCUUGUGACCCAUCGAAUAAGUGUUCUUCCAAGUGUAAAUACUAUUAUUGUUCUUCAGAAUGGAAAAGUCACUGAAAGGGGUUCCUAUCAUGAGCUUUUAGCCAAGAAAGGUGCUUUUGCAGAUUUCUUGCUGCAAUAUCUGCAAGAAAAUGCUGAAGAUAUGACAGAUGGAAUUCUACCUGAUGAACUGAAUUUCAUGCAAGAAAUAGCAGCUACAGUAGGUGCACCAGCAGAAUUAACUAGACAGUUAUCUAAAAUGUACGACAGUGGUAGUGACUCUGAUAGCAGUCGGAUUAGCACAGCCAAAAGAGUCUCCAUUGCGUUCCCAGAAAGUGGAGAAGGUGUGAGGAAAAGAACUAAAAGUUUACGAAGAGCUUCCAGUGUGGAAUCAGAAUUGAAAAAGCGCAGUUCUGUUAAAGAAUUAGCUAAAGGAACUAAUCUCACAGAAAAAGAAGGGAUGGAAGUUGGUUCUGUGAAAACAUAUGUGUACUUUGAAUAUAUUAAAUCAUAUGGUCUCUGGCAUUGCCUGGUGAUAAUUAUUGGCUACCUAUUGUCUAAUAGUUUCAGUCUUGGAUCAAAUUUAUGGCUUAGUGUGUGGAGUAAUGAUUCAUUAGACCCUGACAAUGCUAAUAAUAUUGAUCUAAGGAAUUUGCGGCUUGGAGUUUAUGGUGGCUUGGGAGCUGGGGAAAUUAUAAGCACCCUCUUUACAUCAAUAUCAAUGAAUUUAGCCGCCUUAAGAGCAGCCAAAUAUCUUCACGAUGGAAUGUUGGCUCGAGUCAUGCGAGCACCAAUGUCGUUUUUUGAUACAACACCUUUGGGCAGAGUACUCAACAGAUUUUCUAAAGACAUUGAUACUGCAGAUGUAACCAUUGGUUUCAACAUCAGAAUGUUCAUCAUCCAAGGUUUCCGUGCCCUCGUCACUGUGAUUGUUAUAUCUUUGGAAACUCCAAUUUUUAUUGUAGUGUGCAUACCCCUGGCAAUAUUGUAUUAUUUUCUGCAGAAAUUUUAUAUCCCUACAUCACGUCAGUUGAAAAGAUUAGAAUCGACCACUAGAUCACCUAUUUAUUCACAUUUCUCAGAAACUGUAACUGGCUCAACCUGCAUUAGAGCUUUUGGGGCUGAAAGUACAUUCAAGAAUCGCUCAGAUGAACUUGUUGAUAUCAAUAAUGAAUCAUACUAUCCAAGCUUAGGAGCUAGCAGAUGGCUCUCAAUCCGACUUGAAUUUCUUGGGUAUACAAUUGUUUUCUUGGCUGCUUUAAUUGCAGUUUUAACACGUGGUACUUUAAGUCCUGGAAUUGCUGGUCUCUCAGUCAGCUAUGCUUUGCAGAUAACUGCAAUUCUUAACAUGUUAGUUCGAGCUACUGCAGAUGUAGAAACAAAUAUAGUUGCUGUUGAGCGUUGCUUGGAAUAUACUAAAACACCAACAGAAGCAGAAUGGGUGAAUGAGCAAAAUAAACCUGAUGACUCAUGGCCUUUUGAUGGAACAAUCAAGUUUGAUGAAUAUUCAACAAGAUAUAGAGAAGGUCUUGAAUUAGUUCUGAAAGACAUAAAUUGUGUUAUUAAUCCAAAUGAAAGAUGUGGAAUCGUGGGCCGAACAGGUGCCGGAAAAUCUUCUCUUACACUGGCCUUGUUUAGAAUAAUUGAGGCAGCUGGAGGUAAAAUUGUGAUUGAUGGUGUAGAUAUUUCGCAGCUAGGGCUUCAUGAUUUACGGUCUAAACUCACAAUUAUUCCACAGGACCCGGUUCUGUUUACUGGAUCAUUGAGAAUGAACUUAGAUCCAUUUAAUUCAUAUACUGAUGCAGCUUUGUGGCUAUCUCUAGAACAAGCACAUCUGAAAGAUUUUGUUAAAUCUUUAGAAAAAGGGUUAAACCAUGAAAUAAGUGAAGGUGGUGAAAAUUUAAGUGUUGGUCAAAGACAGUUAGUUUGUUUAGCUAGAGCUUUACUUAGAAAAUCAAAAGUACUUGUACUUGAUGAAGCUACAGCAGCUGUUGAUGUUGAAACUGACGACCUGAUACAAUCCACCAUUCGCACCGAAUUUAGAGAUUGCACAGUAUUAACAAUUGCUCACAGGCUGAAUACAAUCUUGGAUUAUGACAAAGUUAUUGUUUUGAGCAAAGGAGAAAUUGCCGAAAUGGAUUCCCCAGAUAAUUUACUGAAAAAUGAAAAGUCAAUAUUUUACUCAAUGGCGAAAGAUGCAGGACUUAUAUCAUAAGUCUAAAUUGGAUGGAACUAUACUUAAAGGGGGGUGGGGGAUUUUUAUCAGUAUUGCAAUUUUCUAAACAAGGAAUCUUUCUUCAUAUUUUAUAUCUUUGACUUAAAAUUUCAAACCAAUUUUUAAAAGUAUUGUUUUUUUUUUAUAUUUUUAGUUUUUAUUGUGAUAUUUUUUGAUUGUGUAGAUUUAUUGUUGAUAUUUUUUAAUUUAAAAUUUUUAAGCUUUAUCAAAAUUUAUUUGUAUUCUAUGUGAUUUAAAGCUUAUAGAAAUUUUUCAAUGUGUUGGCAGUUUUUAAAAAUGGUGAUAUGCUAGAAUAUAUGAACAAAAUUGAACAAUAGCAGCACCAGUUUUGUCAGUACACUUACAAUUAAGUAAAUCAUGCCAACAUAGUUUCAAUUAUUUACCAUAUUUUGUUACCAAUAACAAGAAAAGAAAAUACGAGGGUUGUUUUUUUUUUUUUUUUCAAGCUCCAUUUGGCUAUUAAAAAUGUACAAAAAAGAUUUUAUUAUCAAAAGUAAGGUACAAUGCAUAUUAUUUCUCCACAUAAUCACCUUCAGGAUUUAGGCAUUUGUCGUACCUGUGCACAAUCUUUUCUAUACCCUCCUCAUAGAACGUUGCCGCCAAUGAUUGAAAGUGAUUUUUGACGGUGUGUUUGGGACCCAGCGAGCACUAGUGUUUUCUGUAAUGCAACAGUUCUAUAGCUAUAAAAUGUAGGGACGAUCUUGAAACUCCUGGAAAUUGCAUCGAUGAUUCACUUAUCAUGAAUCUUCGAUUUUCCUUAACCGCUUUGUCGACUUGUUGAACAAGGUCUUCUGUAGCCACAGACUUGCAUUCCAGACCCUCUUCAUCAUGCACAUUAGUUCUGCCCUCUUUAGACUUUCGGCACUACUUACGAACAACACCAGCACUCAUUAAGUUCUCUCCAUAUACACGACUUAUUCGUCGAUGAAUUUCCGCUGCCCUGUUACCCUCUGCUUGCAAGAAACGAAUAACACUUCUCAAUUCACAUUUGGCGGGAGAAUUGAUAGAGACAGCCAUGUUUUCGUGUCUGUAGCUCAACAGGAAAUGGCAGGACACGACAGUAACUGAGUGUUUGAACAAGGGUAUGUGCAGUACGCUAACCAGUCACCUGCUGGCCACCUGGCUUUCCUACUGUGAAAACGGAGCUUGAAAAAAAAAAACUAUGUUCAUUUGAAAUAUCCAAGCUGGCAGCAGCUUAUAUGUAUAUAUCCUCAUCACAGAGCAAGACAUCUAAGCGAAGAAAUAAUAGCAAGGUAUCGAUCCUACUGUUGUGCUCUGAGGUGAUUCUAUGGUUACAUAUGCACGAUAGCAUUAUCAAUACGGGUAUGUCUCUGGUACAUGGUAAAUAUGUAUCAUAAUCAUGUUGUCAUAAUCUUUUGCAUUAUUACACUUGGUAACCAUCAGAGAACAAAACUGGUCGUGGACUUUGGUAAAAAAGGCUCAAAAUAUCAAAAGUAAAGAAUUAAAAAGUACUUUGCUAUGUUAAUUAUAGGUAAGAAGUUAUCGCAGUUUAUAAUCAUUUCAUGUGAUAUUUUAAAAAUAGCAUAAACUUUCAUCAAACUUCAACAAUUUUUUUUAUUUAUUAUUAUUUUUUUUCUGCAUGUUAGUUUUGUAUAAUAUACCAUAUAUAUACAUACAUAAACAUUUCUUAAAUUCUAAGAAAAGAAGAGUUCAAAAACAAUAUUCAAAAUCCAAAUCACAUUGGUUAGUUGGGGUAGAAAUUUAUUGGCAUGCAGUAGAAUACACAAAGAGCACAAGAAAGUAAAGGACAUUAUCUUAGUGAUUAGGUGGCUUAAUUGAUUUACAGCAUUGAAUUGUGUAUGAAGAAAACAAUUGUUAAACAUCAUAAUUGGACAACAUAAAGCGUUACAGUUGUCACUCAUCAAUUCUGAUGCAAGCUUCACAUUUAAGGCUGAGUUUCCAACAAAUAAAGUGUGGGUACCCAAUACUCUUCAGAACUUACUGUCAACACAAAUAGUCCAAAUUUUGACUAAUAUGUAAAAAUGAGUAUGAAAUCGAAAACAGGAGAUGCACUCCCACGCCAUAUCUGCCAACGAUCCUGAUUUGUUUAGUUUCUCCCGAGCUCCCUAGUGCAGUAAAUAUCUCCCGAAUGUUCAUUGAAACAACGAAAUUCCCUAGAAAGGGGAUUUUUCAGUGAUUAGGAUUUCGGGGAAAAUCCGUACAGUUUGAUGAUUACAAUGGCAAAUCUGAAACCUUUUCAUACAUGAGUUUGAAAAUUGUAUAUGUCCUAUCCUUUUUGAAACAUGUGUGUUUUAUUUUCUUCCAUUUUCAAAUUUUUAUUUUUUUAGAAAAAAAGUGGUAAAAGAUUUUUUUUUUUCUGAAUUUCCUAAAUUUCUACCUGCUUCAAGGAAUGUUUAUUAUCACUUACAAGAGAAAGCAACAAACUUAUGCCUGUUUAGAAACUUUUACUUAACUCUUCCCUAAUUCUUGGUAACCUGAUUCUGAGAGAUGCUGUGAUACAUGAUACAUAUGCAACUGGCAAUGUAUAAAAUUCGCCUUAUGCAUUCUAUUGAGUGCAAGUGUUAUCACAUUGUCAUUAACAUCUAUACCUGAAGUAGGUAAACAUUAUUAAAGUAAACUCCCGAUUAAUCCGCAACCACAGCAUUUCACACAUUCAAAAAAAAUUUUUUUUUUUUUUUGUCGAUGUUUAACUGAAUGCAGACAUUUUAACUUAACAAGUGCCAAAUCAAACCUUCCAUCGUCACCAAAACUUGACUUCUUGAAACUUGGUUUUUAAAUUCAUACCACUUACUACUUUAAAGCUACACUACAUAUGGAUAUCAAGAUCUACACGACUUAGGUGCGUGUGAAUGACCGGACCAGUCUUGUUAAAAAAAAAUCCCCCUUCACUUCACCUGUGUGUUUUUGGUGAAACCUAGCUUGAUCUGUUUCAGUUAAUCUGUUUGCCCCAUUUGCUUGCAUAUAUGUGUAAUCCAAUUGCAAUGCUGAGCGAUCCUUUUUUAAUCUUUAAAUACAUUUUUUAUUCACUGUUGUUAUUUUAGCUAUAAUUUAAAUGCGUGCAAGUGUAGUUGAUCUUUCUAAAGUUACUAGAUACACUAUUAUCAAUUUUUUUUAAUAUUUUAUGGAUUAUCCUCAAAAUCGGUUAUCCGGGGUUACCAAUGCCACCCAAUUCCAUGGAAAAUCAGGAGUUUAACGUGCUACUUAAAUUAUGUUUAAGGUACUACUUAGUACUUUUUAGUCACAUCAAAACAAUGUGUGCCAUGCUUAUAAAAUAUUUUAAAUUUGUUAUUAUUAUCGAAAAUCUUCUAAACGUAUUGUUAUUACUUUCAUACCUUUAGUUUGUGAAUCAUCUAUUUUGUAUGUUGAAAAUAAAUUUUUACAAUUGAA